UUGACUCUCCUGUUGCUAUUGGCAUGGCUGCCUUGGGGUCCUUCAAGAGCGUCUGCAGUCCCCUUCCGAUGCUCCUCCUCCUCCUCCUCCUCCUCCUGCAAGAUCCGGUCGAACCAUCCCAGCCUCAAAUUAUUGGCCCUCAAGACAGGAUCGUGGCAGGAUCGUGGGCUUCUUUUCAAUGCUUGGCAAAGAACUUCUCCUCCAAAGCCAUCAAAGUUUUUUGGAAGAAGGAUGGGAAAACGAUACAUUCAGAAAAGGCUAAAUUUUUUUCUAGUGAAGGACCGCGGGGCAGGGUGUACCGCGUGGCAAGCAGUCUGGCAAUUUUGCUUGAGCAAGGGGACCUGAGGUCACAGCUGAGCUGCCAGAUCCAACACAACUCAUCUCGGAAGGCUCAAACCAACUUCCUGCUUGGGGAUGUUCUGAGAGACUCUCAGCAACAAUCCACCAUUGUUCUCUGCAUCGGGCUUUUCCUGAGCAAAGUAGCUGCCGUUUUCAUCUUUUACCUUUUCCUGAUAAAUAUGUGGAGACGCCACAGGACAAGAUCUCAUUCAGGAACAUCCCAGGAAGUGAGGCAGUCUGGGACUUCAAGUUAGGGACUCCUCUUCCUAACAGAUUUUCAGGAUGAGAAAGGAUCCGAAUUAGGCGAUCAAUAAUAAUAUUAUUCAAAUGCUUGUGUCCCGAGCACUUCACUCGGCCAAAUGUAUAAAGUUAUAAGCCUGUGAAAUCAAUUUGGAGAUUAAAAAGAAAAACAACCUUACUUUGCUUUGCCAUGUCUGGGACUUCAUCAAAUCUUCCUUAAAAUGUAAGUGCUGAUUCUUUGUUUUAGAAAGAAAGAAGGAAGGAAAGAAAGAAAGAAAGAAAGAAAGAAAGAAAGAAAGAAAGA